ACAAACGUGCGACUGCAGUCGAAAAAUAGCAAAAAAAAGCUAUAAAAAGACUUGAAGGGGCAUUUAUUUUCCAUUAUAACUAUUUUAUAAAUGAAAAAUGCCAGUACGGCCACAGCACACGCAUAACGGUGGUAUCGUGGAACGUAGACUACGUCCGAUAUACGACUGGUUAGACAAUGGGAACAAUAAAAAGGCCUUGCAAGAGGCGGAAAAGGUGUUGAAGAAAAGUCCUUCCCUACAAGCGGCUCGGGCUUUGAAAGCCUUAGCGAUGUUUAGGUUAGGCAAAGGGCUGGAGGCACACGCUGUUCUCCAGGCACUGGCCGACGAGAAACCUAGUGACGAUACGACUCUGCAAGCUAUGACGAUACUGUAUAGAGAGUCACAGCAAUUUAUGAAAGUAUGUGAGCUAUAUGAAGCAGCGGUGAAAGCAGAACCAACUAGCGAAGAGCUGCACUCCCACCUGUUUAUGUCCUAUGUGAGGGUUGGGGACUACCGGGCACAGCAGCGCUCUGCCAUGGCACUAUACAAGAUUGCCCCGAAGAACCCCUAUUACUUUUGGGUUGUGAUGAGCGUCGUUUUACAGGCCAAAACUGCGGAGGACUCUACAAAGAAAGGCAUCCUUUUAUCUUUAGCCCAAAGAAUGGUUGACAACUUUAUAUCUGACAAUAAAAUGGAGGCGGAGCAGGAAGCACGCUUAUACAUUAUGAUAUUAGAAUUACAAGAGAAAUGGGAGGACAUCCUCAACUUUAUCGAAGGCCCGUUAUAUCCACAGUUCGUCCCGGGAUCCACUGCCCAGGCUUGCAUACCGUAUUUAAAGAAACUAGGCCAGUGGCAGCGUUUAAACUUGCUUUGCAAAGAUUUGCUAUGGGACAACCAGGAUAGGUGGGACUACUACCUACCUUAUUUCGACUCUGUCUUCCAGUUGCUGAAAAACGAUUGUGAUGCAGACAAUACCGCUGACGAUUCAGCGGAAAAGUGCCAUGAAUUUAUUUGCCAGCUAGUCGAGAGUAUGUCCUCGGGGCGUACUUUGCGCGGGCCGUAUUUAGCUAGAUUAGAACUUUGGAAGCGUUUGUCUGUGGACGGAGAUCCUACGGAGUUAUUAGGCAGUGGCGUUGCGUUGUGUAUUCAGUAUUUGAGAGUGUUCGCCAGCAAGUCGUGCGCAGUACCUGAUCUGAAAACGUAUUUAGCGAUGAUACCUCAGAAAGUAAGGGAAGAUUCGUGCAGAGAUUUCUUGACGUGUCUGGGAUAUGAUGAAAACAGCGAACCUGAAUCUAUAGACGAUAUACAGCGUCACAUAUCGUGUCUCUGCGCGUGGCGACUGACGUCUCCGCUUGGCACGGCGGAGGAGUACCUCGCAGUUGCGACCACCUUGCGAAAACAGUACCUGCGUUGUGCCAGUAGGGGCCUAGUGACAGCCACGCAGACGGAGUACUGCGCGGCCGACGGCUAUGGGACGCUGGCUGCGCACCAUUAUUUCUAUGCAGCGAUACAACAGCAGAACGCAGCGCCCAUAGUGGAAGCCCUAUGCCUCCUGGAACUGGUGCUACACAACUCGCCUUCCAACGUGCACGUCAAGUUACUGAUGAUCACUCUUUACCACGUACUGGGUAAUGCGGUGGCCGCGGAGUCGAUAUACCUGCGGUUGGAGCCAAAGCACAUCCAGCUGGUGUCAUUGGGUUGGCUGCACGCGGCGCGCUGUGCGCCUGCGCUGGCGCACGCGCGUGCGUUGCGGCUACUCGCUGACGCACACGUAUUCCACAAGCACUACGCCAAAGAGAGCGUGGAACACCUGACGUACGCGUACAAGUACGGAACGUUCGAGAAGCUGGUAGAACUGAGCGCGUGGGCGGAACGGCUUGGCGCAUGCGCGUGGUGCGCACUGGCGGGCCGCGAGCGAGCACUGUUGCCAUUGCUGGCUGGACCGCCGGCGCCGAUGCACGCGCCGGCGAGGCUGCCUCACCCUCCCGUUGACAACCGAGAUCUCAACGCCAUAAUAAGUUGGGAGCCCCCGCAGUGCGCCGACCCGGACCUCAAAGCGAGGACGUUCGACCAGGACGUCGCUUAUUUAAGACUUAAAGACGGUCUCGUUUCUUCCAUAGCGCUCUGCAUAGAAUGCUCGGACAGCAGAAGUGUGGAGGAGAAACGUGCGCAACUCGAGGAGUUACAGGCGUGCAUCGAAGCGUUCUCGUGCGCGAUGGAGAAGUGCAGAGAAAAGUACAGCUCGGCUCCCACUAGACUGUGCAUAUCUGCGCCCUUCCCCUCCAGAAUUAUUGCUUUCGUAAGUUCGCCAGUGCCAUAUCGGGAUUUGUACUCGAGCGUCCUGACCAUGGUGUGCGAACUAUGCUCGGGCGACGGCGUCAGAGGUAGAGAAAGUGCAGAGAAACUUCGCGGUUUGCUCAUGUCGUCCAGACAACAACUAGAUAAAGUUCCUUCUACAAAUGCAUGGGGACUGAGAGAAUCUUUAGAAACAUUCUCAAAUUAUUUAGAGUUCAUAGGCGUCAUCACUUUCCUUCUGGGCGUUUGUAACGAACUCACAGCGCCAACUAACACGAAGAAAUCCAAAAAGAAGACAAACCAGUCGCCCGACCAAAUACUAACCAUGGAAUUGCUGAGUAAACUCAACGACGACGUUCAAGAUACAAUCAGCUUCCUAGAAGACAUUUUCGAGAAAUGGCCGACAUAUAACUACGCCCUCAACAUAGAAGACGAAUUAGCGAAACUCGAAAUCUCCAGCAAAUACCAGUGCCCUGUAGAACAAAAAUUAAAAAAUGGCCUCCACGAGAUGCUAGCAGACGUUAAGAAUAUAUUAAAGAAAAAGUCAAAAUAUUUAAAAACUUUACAAUAAAGUGGCCUUUACAAUACUCUAUUUAAUAAUAAAAUAAGUAAAAAAAAUUUUUUUUUCUACAUAUCUUGUAAAUAUUCCGCCAUUUUGGAGGAGCUCCGUCCCCCUCCAGCCUACUUGUGUAGGUAAACAAAGACAUAACAAGUACACACAAUUUAUAUUGUUUAGGUUAACGUUUGUUUAUCAUCGAAUAUGGAACUAGAACCAAUUUUUUUUGCAAUUUGGUUUGAUGGAAACUUAUUUAUGUACAUUUAUAAAAGCAUAAGUAGUUAUACAACAGUAAUAAAUGCGAAACGUUUUUAAAAUCAACAAUCUUUUUUAAUUAGCUUAUCGAAAAUCCUUUCAUGACUGGAGCCCUAUUUGUAUAGCUUAAAAUGAUUCAUAAUUAUUUCUGUAAAUUAUUAAAGACUCUAAGCUACAUAUUGCUUUAA